UUUCCGGUUUGCAUGAGUUUCCUUUGAAUCAACUCGCCCCUAUAUCGGUUAACAAAGAGUGGUGUCAAUACUACUGGUGCCAUACUGUGUUAACAAGUGACAUGGGUUUGCUAACAAACCCAACUUCCAGGGCCACCAUUGUGGGCAGCAUAACCAGACACAACAACAAAAUAUGCUUCUUAUGUUAUGUAGUCGGGUUAUCAUGGUUCCUGGCUUUGGCAUACCAAGAAUUAAAUGCAGGGACCUAUUUCUCAGAGAAUGCUCUCCUUCCUGGUUUAGUGAGGAGCCAAUUUUAUGGAGAUUCAGAAGCAGAGGGAUAUUAUAGUCAGCUAAAAAGUGAAUUGAAUAAAGAUAAAAAUGUCAUGCCAGUGAAGUGGAUAUAUAACCAGUUUAUGGACCUGGGACUGGAUGUAUACAUACACAAUUUCACCUUUAGAUACCCACUCAAAAUAUUUGGAGAAAAGCAAAUUCCUGGCCAAAAUGUGUAUGCCAUCAUGCGUGCAUCUCGUGCAGCAAGCACGGAGGCCUUGGUGCUGACCAUCCCCUUUAGAACAGUGACCACUGUAAUGGACAAGACACAUGGUGGUCUGGCCCUCAUGCUGACCAUGGCUAAUCACUUCAGAAAGUCAUCAUAUUGGGCCAAAGACAUCAUCUUUGUGGUGACAGAGCAUGAGUACAUAGGAAUGCAGGCCUGGCUGGAUGCUUAUCACGAAACCAAAUCUGAAUUGAUUUCAUCAAACAGCCUGGAAGGACACGGAGGAAGUAUUCAGGCUGCCAUUAACCUGGAAGUUCCCACCAAUAAGAUUUCAUCGUUUGACUUCAGGCUUGAGGGUUUGAAUGGGCAGCUGCCUAACCUUGACCUCUUCAAUCUGGUGGUUCGUAUAAGUCGCCAGGAAGGUUUUGAUGUGCUGUUGAAAGAGCAGCAUGACCCCUAUCAUCCAGAGACCUUUGAGGGUUAUCUGCAGAACCUGAAGACCAUGUUCUUGAUGAUGUGGACCCAGGCUCCAGGCAGCGCCAAUAACAACCACGGGGUCUUCCUCAAGUAUAACAUAGAGGCCCUGACCUUAGUGGGAAAGAAAGAGAAAGGAAAACAUGCUCAGGGAUAUGGGCCCAUGGGAAGAACAGUAGAGGGCAUCUUCCGCAGUCUAAACAAUCUUCUGGAGAGAUUUCACCAGUCGUUCUUCUUCUACCUCCUCCCAAGUACCAGCAGAUAUGUCUCCAUAGGUCUUUAUAUGCCUCCGUUUGCCAUAAUGGUGGCAGGGAGUCUUAUCAAAGCAGUGGCUAUGUGGAUUAGCUGUACCGAGACGGUGGAGGAAGGUGUUUCAACUGAAAAAGAGAAGAAAGAAACAGAUCAGGCUAAUGGAGAGAGUGUACAGAAAAAUGAAGUCAAAGAUCACAAGGAGGAAAAGGAGGAAGAAAGGAAAGGCCUGCUGAGCGUGAUCCCCAUUCUCUUCAUCACGCAGCUGUUUGGCCUCCUUGCCUACUUCAGUCCCGAUUUCUUCGUAGAUCUUGGGAUGCCAUUACACCUACAUGUGGCAGAAGCUGUUCAUUAUGGGAUGCUAGCUUUAUUUCUCUCAUCCUUGGCCAUGCCAAGGUUUUUAAAAAGGUCACUCUCAGAAAAAAGCCGUCCAGAUUGGAAGCUAUUGAAGUGUGUCUCACUUAUUGUGCAGGGCUUGGUGCUGUUUAGCAUUGCACUCAUGAAUAUAUCUCUAGCAUUUUUUCUGGCUGCCGUAAUGGUGCCAGUGUGUGUGGCUAUGUGGCCCAGUAAUAAUAGAGUUGUCCAGAUACUCCAUGCCUCAUUCCUCCUCCUGAUAUCUCCAUUCCUUCUUUUAUACAUAACAGUGGUAGCCAAUCAAAUGAUGACAGAGAAAGUAGCAGAUGUGGCCUCCCUGCUUGUACAGAGCUGGGAUCACAUGAAGACUCCACUCAUCCUGGGCAUGGUAGAGAGCCAGCUAUUGGGCAGCUGGACAUAUUGCGUCAUCUGUUUAGGAAUUUUUCCAAACUGGUUGGCAUUUUGGUGUCUCAUAUGGAUUGGGUCAUAACAAACAAGAAAGUGCAAGCCUGGGUUACGAUGGAGCUAUUUAUAAUGUUGCAGAUGUUUUACAGAAGGAUAAAUAUCACUAUAUCACGUGAAGCACAGGGCUUAGGAAAAGCUCAUGUCUGUAUCUAGCACCUCUGUGUCAACAGAAAGGCAGCAAGGACACCAAAUGUUGGUCAAACUUGUGAACCAUUCAAGUAUGAAAGGAUUUGUUAUAUCUGUAACAUCCUCGGUCAUAUCUAUUUUGUUGAAAGGCGUGGGAAGAUAUGCCUUUGUCUUGGCUGUGGGAUGGGUUUGGACAGUGCUUAGAAGUGCAAUCAAUAAUUGCCAUGUCUUUUUUUUCCUCAACAAUCUCAAAAGACAGUCUAGACUUAGUGCAUUGAUCAAAUAAUUUUCAGCUUAGUAGCAGUCACAGGUCCCCUUUUCAAAGAUCUCAGGGACAGCAUAAGGUUAUGUAGUUUAGUUCAUCAAUUUUGUUGGAAAUUGGAUAUUGAUUGAAUUGAAACAGCUUUUACCUACAACCAUGAGACUUUUCAGUUAUGAAAAAAGAUAAAAUGGGACAAAGUAUGGAUAAGAACUGCUCAUUGGUACACCAAUUGUAUUUGGACAGAAUGACUUCAGAAUAAUUUAAAACAUUGUAUUCAGACGAACUAUGGAUGAGAGUUGCUCCUUAUGGUAAAUGAAAUGUAUUCAGACAAAAAUGGAUAAGAAUUGCUUGUUACGAUAAACUAGUUGUAUUCGGACACAAUAUAGAUAAAAUUGCUCAGUAGCUUAGAUUGGUCAAACCAAGAUUGGCAGUCCUCUAGAAAUGGGCCUGAAGUGCAUUUCUGGACUUUUGGGUCCAAAAGAUGACUGAAAUUGUUGGUAUUCUGGUACAUUUUUCCUUUGCGUACAGUGAAAGAAUUGUAUAUGAACUAGGUUGUGUAAAACUGGCACAGGGUACAUCAUGUAUGUGUGAUUAGGAGUAGGAAUGCUCAAACGUCCUUGUGUUACCAGUGAGUUGAGCCAUCGGAUGAUUGAUUUAUAAAGAACACAUGCGGAGACAAUCCUAAGUCAGUCGCUGUUUUUAUACAUCUUAUUACUAUAAGACGGAAGGGACUGAGUUUGCUCUUAAAAUAGAGCCAUUUUUUGUUAUUUGAUAACUAGAUAUAUCAUGAUUCAAAACGAUUGAACUUCAUUAUGGUAGAAAACGCCGAAAUUGGUGUCACAAACGUAGACGUGUGAUGACGUUGAAUGGUUAGGAAUUACGCAAGGGACUACGGAAAUGAACUCGAUCUAAAACCCAUUUUGGGUAGAGUUUUGAAUUAAUGGAUAACAAUUUCUGUCAAAGUUGCGUUUAUGAAAUAUUUUGUGGUGAUGAUUUCCUUAUUGGGAAUGAUUUCAUACAUGUUCGCUGAGCAAAUGUAGGUUACAGCCAUAUUUUCAAUAAUAGGUUGUCAUGUAUUUUUUAUCUUAACCUUGGUUUUCCAAGACCAAGCUUUAUCAGUCCUUUGUGUAGUUUGGGUUACACGAUUCUGUUGUAGAACAUACUGCUCACAAGGACAUAAAAUGUUAAAGAGAUAUAGGCAUCAUGAACUUUACAUUGUAUCACAAUUUGAUCUCCACCGAAUGUUGUCUGUAAGGUGUACGGAAAGCAAAUAAAAAUUGUCAAGUAUAAAAAAAAUGAUUUUAUAUAUAUAUAUAUAAGAUGCGCCAUGUAUU